CAAAACGCCAAUUGUCAUUUAUACAUCGUCAACCUUUUUAGUGUCAUCUGUCACUUGUGUUAUAUUACAAUUUCAAAAUGAAGAUCGGACUGUGUGCAUACAGUGGGUACAAAAUUUACCCUGGCCACGGUAAAACAAUGGUUAAAGUUGAUGGAAAGACAUUCACUUUCCUCAAUUCUAAAUGUGAACGAGCACAUUUAAUGAAAAGGAAUCCUCGUAAAGUAACAUGGACUGUAUUGUACAGACGUAAACAUAAAAAAGGUCAAGAAGAAGAGGCUACCAAAAAACGAACCAGAAGGACCCAAAAGUUCCAGAGGGCUAUCGUUGGAGCUUCUUUAAAUGAUAUAAUGGCUAAAAGGAAUCAGAGACCUGAAGUCAGAAAAGCUCAGAGAGAACAAGCUAUACGUGCUGCAAAGGAACAGAAGAAGGGCACGAAAGCUGGUAAGAAACCAGCGGCACCUGCUAAAGCUAAGCCUGCCCCUAAACAAAAAGUUAACAAAAAUAUUCCUAAAGCUGCUCCAAGGGUAGGGGGAAAACGUUAAAGCUUUGUUGUCAAUAAGUAAUAAAUAAUUUUUCAAA